UCGAAUUGGCCGUUGAGGAAGCUCUCCAUGGAGUGAGUCACUUCUCCUUAUGGUCUGGACCAACGGGAUGUGGAAUCUGCAGCGUGGAAUCCCGGAGCGCGCAGCACGGGCCGCUUUGAAGAUCUCGCCGCGGUGCCUGGCGGGCUAGAUCCCGCCGCUGCGAGUACAAACGGUCGGCGCGAGAAGCGCGCCGCGGCGCCGGGAGUGGCAGCUGGAGACCGGUUCGGGUGCGUCUCCCGUUACUUAUGUUUCCUUCCCCGCUCCUUGCUGGGCUCUGCCCGAGGCCUUGGAAGGCCGCUUCUUUCUUCGGCGGCCUCCGGUGAACCUGAGGGAGCCGUCCGGGCUGUGCCCUACUCCGUCCGAGGUCGCCCUUCUCUGCUGACCUUACCGAGACCCCGGAUGCGGGCGUAUUAUCAGGUGAAAAAUUAUUUUAAAAGUUGGAACUAAGUUGAAUGUUAAAUAAUGGCAACAGGUGACCUAAAAAGAAGCUUACGGAAACUGGAAAAAGUGCUUCGCUUGUUAAAUUAUCCUAAAGAGGUGGAUUAUGUUGGUUUGAUGAAGGGAGACACAGCAGCAGCUUUGCCCAUCAUCAGCUAUUCUCUUACCUCAUAUUCUCCCUACGUAACAGAAUAUCUUAUGGAAUGCAACGUAGAGCUCAUAGCAAAGAAUGACGUGCGCUUUAUUGAUACUGUCUACAAGCUUCUUCGUGAUCAAUUUGAUCAUAAACCAAUUUUGACAAAAAAGCAAUUUUUGCAACAUGGAUUUGCAGAAUGGAAAAUCCAGAUUAUUUGUGAUAUUUUGAAUUGUGUAAUAAAAAAGCACAAGGAAUUGUGUGGUGCUAAUAAGACUCCUUCACAACCAAGAAAGAAAAUUUCUCAGAACCACUCAGAACCUUCAUCAAGCAAUGAGAAAACACCUGCAGAGCCUGUGAGCAUUGAUGUCACUGGCAGAUUUAUGACUUCAGGAAAGAAGAAGGCUUUGGUUAUUCGUCACAUGUACAAGGAAAAUGGUAUUAACCUUCCUGAAGACACAGAAAGCUCAGUAGUAGAGGAUAAUGAAGUGUGUGAUGUGUCAGAGUUAAAGGCUUCUGAAAUAGUGAUCAGGGAGGUGCAGCACCCUGCAACCAAGUCUGAGGAGGAAGAUAUAAAAAGUUAUCCCGAGAUUACUGCACUACAAACUAUGGUUGCUGAAUGUCAAGAAAAGCUUUGUAAGUUGGCUUGGAUAGAGAAAAGGCUGGACUGUUUGGAGGAACGAAUGAAAGGGAAAGUGAUAGUAGAUGAAAAGACGUGGACUAAUCUUCUCAGUCGGAUCACUCUACUUGAAACAGAAUUGCUUUUGUCUAAAAAGGAUAAAUGUGUAGAAUUUAAUGCAGUGAGUGAUGACUGUGCUUCCUGCAGUGACGUAGAUCUGGUGACCCUUGAUGGAAAAAUCAAAACGGAGAGGCCAGCAAAUAUUCCUCUGUCUUCAAAUUCGACUCCCAGAGCCUCAACGAUUAAUUACUGUGGUUUGAAAGAUAUCUCAGAGGAAACAACAAUCCAGAAAAUGGAAAGGAUGAAAAAAAUGUUUGAAGAAACUGCAGAGUUAUUAAAAUGUCCAAGUCACUAAUUGUAGAAUUUUCUGCAUGAACUGCUGUAGAACUUUGGCUACUGUACAUGUUGUAUAUUUUAAGAACUUUCUAUAUAAUUUUAAUAUACCAUAAUAUUUUUAUUAAGAAUUUGUAUUCUAUUUGGUAUAUGAGUUUUUCCAUUCACUAUUGAAUAAACACUUUAGUAUUUUUGAACUGUU